UCAGGUUUGAAGUGGAUUUAUGGAAUGUUUACACCGGUUUCGCUCUACUCCGCUGAGAAAGGAGGAUUGAAAUCGAUCGAAACUAAUCCGUUUACACCCAAGAAACUAGGCCAGAAAACUUGUCGAAAUCUUUGACUAUAUAAGUCAAAGGUCGAAAUGGUUGCAUAUUGCUUCGUCGAAGGCUGCACUUCAAGCAAAUAUAAAAAGAAAUCCGAGAAACAUAAAUGUGUUGUGCCUAUGUAUGGAUUUCCCAAUAAUAUAAAAAUAAAAGAAAAAUGGAUGAACGCAUUACUUGUUUUAAAUAAGCAAAGUACAAAACCAUCUAAGCACAGUAAAAUCUGCUUAAAACAUUUCUCAAAAGAACAAACUGAAAAAAAUGGAUUACAAACCGUUCGUUUAAGAAAGAAUGCUGUUCCAAAUAUAUUUCCGAAUGCAGAAAGUGAAGACAGAGAAAUUUCUAAAAAUGCAGACAAUUUUGAUCCUGACAACGAAAAAGAAUUGAAUCCUAAAAAAGAAAUUGAAAAAUGUCAAAUAAACGAACUAACUAAUCAAGAUUUCAAUAAUUCAUCGAAAUGCAAUAAAGCUUGUAAAAUUAAUUUAAAUGAGCUACAAAAAAAUAUUGAAGAAACACCAGCAAGUCAUCAUUGCAGCGAAGAAGUUGGGUUCUCUUCCAAUAUGCAAAUUAUGGAAUGCAUUGUGUCUCAAGCUACUAAAAUUGAGAAGAUCAGAUAUGUUGGAGACUUAACAGAUGCCAUAAUAGAAAAUAUGUCUCGAGAUAAACUAAUAAAAGUCGUUAAAAUGUUAAAAGAAGUGACAAGAAAAAAAGAUAUCAUUAUAAAACGUUUGCGAAAUCAACUUUCAUAUUCAAAAAAUAAAUUGAACACCUUAGGCAUAUUAUUAACAGAUUUAAAACAAAAAUAUAGUCUUCCUUCUAACUUUUGCAAGACAUUACAGGGCAACCUAAAAGCAUUAUGCGGACAACAGUUGCUUGCGCAAAUGAAGGAAGAUUUUGUAGCAUACUUAUUGCCAUAA